AUGUGCCACCUCCCGGGGCUGGUUGUGUUUGACCUGGAUUACACCCUGUGGCCCUUCUGGGUCGACACCCACGUGGACCCCCCCUUCCAGCGGGGCAGGGCUGGCUUGGUGUUGGAUGCCCGCGGCCGCCCCGUCCGGCUGUACCCCGAGGUGCCGGCUGUGCUGGAGCGACUGCAGGGCCUGGGCAUCCCCAUGGCAGCCGCCUCCCGGACGGGCGAGACCCACGGUGCCACCCAGCUGCUGGAGCUCUUCGGUGUGCGGCGCUUCCUGCGCCGUGUGGAGAUCUACCCCGGGGGGAAGAGCGCCCACUUCCACAGGCUGCAGCAGGACACCGGAGUCCCCUUCGCCCAGAUGCUGUUCUUCGACGACGAGGAGCGCAACAUCCGGGACGUCAGCAAGCUAGGUGUCACCUGCAUCCUGGUCCCCGAUGGAAUGACCCAGGCGCUCCUCACCCGGGGGCUGGAAGCCUUCGCUCGCUCCUGA